AUGCUGUGGGGGGUGGGCCUGGCGGCGCCGCGCUCCUGCGUGGCGGACCUGAGCCGCAACCGCAGCCUGUCGCUGGGCUGGUGCGCGGGGCCCGAGGAGCCGCCGCCCGCCUUCUAUGGGGGCGAGAUCGUCGCCUUCCCGCUGUCGGGCGGCGGCGGCACCAUGGCGGCGCUGGGCUCCGACUCCUGGUGGAAGAAGACGCUGUACCUGACGGGCGGAGCCCUGCUGGCCGCCGCCGCGUACCUGCUCCACGAGCUGCUGGCCAUACGGAAAGAGGAAGAGCUCGAUUCGAAGGAUGCUAUCAUACUGCAUCAGUUUUCAAGGCCUAGGAAUGGCGUUCCGAGUUUAUCCCCAUUCUGCCUGAAAAUGGAAACGUACUUGAGGAUGGCUGAUUUACCCUACCAGAACUAUUUUGAUGGAAAACUUUCCCCUCAAGGGAAAAUGCCUUGGAUUGAAUACAAUCACAAGAAAGUAUCUGGCACCGAGUUCAUUAUUGACUUUUUGGAAGAGAAACUUGGAGUGAAUUUAAAUAAACACCUUGGUCCACAUGAAAGAGCUGUUUCCAGAGCUGUGACCAAAAUGGUGGAGGAGCACCUGUACUGGACUUUAGCUUAUUGCCAGUGGGUGGAAAAUCUUCACGAGACACAAAAGAUGGUUUCGCUUUUCGGCCCCUUCAGCGACUUGCUGAAGUGGAUCUUCUGCCACCUGACCAAAGGGAUCGUGAAGCGGGAGAUGUACGGCCACGGCAUCGGGCGCUUCUCGGAGGAGGAGAUGUACACGCUGAUGGAGAAGGACAUGCGGACUCUGGCGGGCCUCCUGGGUGACAAGAAGUACAUUAUGGGAUCAACUGUUUCUACUGUUGAUGCCACUGUCUUUGGGCAUCUAGCACAGGCAAUGUGGACAUUACCAGGGACUCGACCAGAGAGACUAAUCAAAGGUGAACUGAUUAACCUUGCUAUGUAUUGUGAAAGAAUAAGGAGGAAAUUUUGGCCAGAAUGGCACCAUGAUGAUGACAACACUCUGUAUGAAUCUGAGGAAAGCAGCGAAGCAAGCAAGACUUACUCCCCUUUGCAGGACUUCAGUUUUUAUUCAAGGACAGAAACAUUUGAUGAGGAAGGGAACAGUAUUUCCCAAACCCCUGACACAGAUUACACUGGACACUCCCUCUUUGACUCAGAUGUGGACAUGGAUGAGUACAGAGAUCAUGAACAAUGCAAGUGAUGUGUACAAGUGUCUCUCAUUGUGCAGAUAAGCUGUUUCUUGGGAUCACUGAUUUGUUUUCUCCUUCAGGUCAGGAAGAGGUUUAUACCACUUUGGAAGAGACCAUUGUGCUUGAUUCAGCUGUCACAUACUGCUUGGACUAUUUCAACUGUAUUUUGUUUUGUGUAAUUGUUCAGGUGGACCAAGGUAAACACAUUUAAAACACACGUGGGCAAACUGGAGGUCUAGAGGGCAGCAGGACCUUCCAACCUGUUUUUGUUCAAGUUCAAAACCAGAUCCCCCCACCCCGCCAUCGAAGUGGGAUGAACUUCUGGGAAGUGGAGCAUUUGUCACAACUGGUUUGUGUUGUUAUCUUAUCUUUACAGCAACGGGUUGAGGACAAAAAUGGAAGAGCUAUGACUGGCACAGCUUUCUUCCAUCUAAGAGAAUGAUGGAUGCUGUAAUGAAAAUGCCCUGAUGGUGUUGGUUGACUGCCAUGUCAGCAUAAGCCAGUGGUGUUCUGAGGUGCAUCAGAUUCAUGCAGCACCCUGGCCUGUAUCAGCAGCAGUGUGGCCAGCAGGACCAGGGCAGUUAUUGGCCCCCUGUCUCAGCACUGGUGAGGCUGCAUCUCAAGUCCUGUGUUCUGUUGUGGGCCCUUCACUACAAGAAAGUCAUUGAGGUGCUGGAGCAUGUCCAGAGAAGGACAAUGAAACUAGUGAAAGGAACUGGAACACGAGUCUUGUGAGCAGCAGCUGAGGGAGCUGGGGGUGUUUAGCCUGGGGAAAAGGAGUCUCAGGAGAGACCUUAUUGCUCUCUACAGCUGCCUGAAAGGAGGUUGUGGCAAGGUGGGGGUUGGUCUCUUCUCCCAGGUAACAAGCUCUAGGAUAAGAGAAAUGGCCUCAAAGUGUGCCAGGGGAGGUUUAGAUUGGAUAUUGGGAAAAACUUCACUGAAAGGGUUGUCAAACAUUGGAAGAGGCUGCCCAGUCACCAACCCUGGAGGUAUUUAAAAGCCAUGCAGAUGUGGCACUUCAAGGACAUUGUUUGGUGGUGGACUUGGUAGUGCUAGGUUAAAACUUGGACUUGAUGAUCUCAAAGGUCUUUUCCAACCUAAAAAGAUUCUGUGAUUUGGCAAAGUUUCAGGGGAAUUUUAUUUGAUAGCUACUCAUACUUUGGGUAUUACAGGGUCUGCAGGAAAGAACUGCUCCCAGUUCUUUUGGAGACAGUCAGGGAAGGAUGGAGGAAAACAUAAUCUUGCAGAAAGGAGCUGGUUAGUGUUUCUUGUUCUUUGCAGAGGGUUGAAAUCACUACUCUAGAAUACAUUAAUGCAGGAGGGAGAUGUCAGUGUUAACUCAUCUGGAAUGUGUAUUGGUCAAAUUUCUUCUGUGUUAUUGAAUUAUUAUGUUUUUACUCCCUGCCCAUGGCUGCUGUCUGCUAUUUCUAGGCAAGGCUAAAGAGCUGGGAUUUGUUGCUAAAAGCCUGGUGUGUGUCAGCAGUGAGUGCUUUGUGUUCCUUACCAACAGACAAGAAACCCAUGAAGGUGGCAGAGCAGUUUGAGGUGUUAGUAGGCAUGGGAUGCUGUGUAGCUGCAAGCUGUUGGCCCAGGCAAUUGAAUGUUUUAUAGCUGCCUUGGGAGGUGCUUCAGGGGGUGCUGGGCACUGUGCUGGCUUGCAGUGCACAGUCCCUAAAGCUGAUGCAUGGGAGGAGGUGAGAUGGGACAGUUCCCUCAGCACUGCCAUGUGUGUGGGGAAAUUCAGAUGCUGAAAGCAUGACCAGAAUUUAAUUUAACUUGCCUUUGCUGACAUAUCUGUGGAUCUGGAUCCCAAAAUGAUUGCACAGGUUCUGACAUGCUUCACGUUCACGUCUCCCUAAAUGCAGGUUAGAGAUGAGAAUGAAUCCAUUGGAUUUACUCACAGCUUUGAAGUUAAGCAUGUACUUCAGUGUUGCUUGGCCAUGAUUUGUUGAUUUUGGUAGAGAGAGAGCAUAUCAAACAUACUGAGCUGUUGUGUUUUUGAAUAUACAUAUAGAAUUGGGUAUUUGACUGCAGACUUUGUUGGUGGCCUACUUUAAUUAUGACAUUCUCAGUGACUUACAGUUAGAUGAAUCAGGAUCCCUCAGCAAGUUUUUUUAUAAUGUGUUGGUUGUACCAAAUGUUCUAGGAGCAGACAGGGCAGACAGCUGCUUUAGGAUGUUAAUUGUUGGUAGUUGUAGUGAGUCUGGAGCUUGAAAUAACUCCAGCACUCAAAGAAUACCUUGCUCCCUAGGAUCCUGCAGUGCCUCCUGCAGAGGAAAGUGCCUGCCCUGGGGAAAUUUGGAGUUAGCCUUGGCUUUGAAAGCAGGGACACCUUUGCCUGCACUGAAACCCAGGACUGUUCAUGCAUGGGAGCCACUGCAGUGAGAGCUGACAAGUUUGGUGUGAAUUUGCACCUGUUUCCACAAUUCCCUAGGCAUGUCCUUGGAGCCUUAUUCCAGUCAAUGUUGUGGGCAAGUAUGAAUGGCAAAGUGAACCAAAACCGAGGAGGAAGAUAUCAUCCAGUUACUUGGGACCCUUCUCAGGAAACUAAGCACAAAAAUAGGACACAAGAAGAGAAGUCUUGGGCUUGAAAGUGCAGAGGUGAUGGCCUGGGUAACUCCAUGGCCAAGUCAGGAGAGAUUUUAUCUGCAAAAAUGUAGGUAUUGAUAUUCUGAAUAAAAGGAAUCUGCACCAAAAAGCUCCUAUUUAAAAUCAUUAGUGUGUUGGAAAUUCUGAUGGAGAUGUUCUCAUUCAUUUACUGAUGCAUGUUUGAAGGCUGUGCUUUCUCUAUUUGUUCAGCAUUGCAAGUUGUGCUUGCAGCAGAUGAGUCCCAGUCAUUAAAAGACCAUUAAAGGAUGGUCAGACCUCUUUAAAAGGAUUUUAUCCAUGCAUUUUUUUUGAAAGCUGUCUUGAUAAAUUGUUGUGGGGAAACAAACAAACAAACAAAAAGUUUAAAAAAAUAAAAAGUGUUCAUUUGUUUUGGAUUGCAUUGGAAAAAAAAGAUGUGUUUUCUUAAAAAGGGAACAAUUGGUUUUGACUUUCCAAAAUUUUGCUAAAAGAACAACAUUUUCUUAGUCCUGCAGUUUGUUUUUUUUCCCAUUCCAUCAUAUCUAUUUUUAAUGUUAGUGCUAAGGGGCUGUACAGAACUAAAAAUAGAGAGCAUCUUAAUUUCCUUGUGGUUUUUUUUUCCUUUUUCUUUUUUUUUUCCUCCCUCACUGAUCAAAAUUUGAGCGAGUCCAUUGUAGGGAUGCUGGAGAUCCUGAUGGUGCUGCUGUGGGGGUUGAGGGUCAGCAGGUGUCUCUGCAGCCAUGAAACCUGCUGGGGACAGCUGUGGGUUGCCAGCUGGGAUAGCAGCUCCUGCCAGGAGCUGGAGGCUGAUGGAUGCCAGGACAUCAUGUCUGAGGUGACACAGAACACAGAAGGUUUUUCCUGGUUGCAGAUCCCUCUGCCACAGCCAGAAACUCCCUGUGGGGUGAUGUUAGGAAGGGUUCAGGAGCCACUGUUGUACUGGAUGGGUGGGACCCCUGCCCUGCUUAUGAGCUGGAGCAUAGCCCCAGUCCUAGUGAGGAAACAGCACUGUUCCUCCUGGUUACUUUACCCUAAAUACUGCCAAAGGCUGAGUACUGCCUUUGUGUUUCCAUAGUGCUGCUUUAAAGGAAUGAGUAAUUGCUCUGCCCCUCAUUUGGCAAAGGGGAGUUCAAAGCAAGCCCUGCAUUUCCAAUGGAGUUAGAUUUGAAGCAGUCUGUUGGUUUUUUAUCAUGUGAGUGGCAGUGUUUGACUGUGUGACACUCUGCCAUGUCAGAAGGGAUUUGUUUACCCCUGUCGGUCUCACUGGCUCUGUCAGCAGAGCUCACUGUUACCGAGUGGGGGAAACAGGCACUGGGAUGUAUAGGUCCUACAGAAAUCCUGCAAAUGUGGUGUUUGAUUUAAAAACCAAACUGAACCUGAUGUUUCAGAUCUGGAGGACUGUUUCCAUCCAAUUAUAGCACUGCAAGUAACACAUUUUGAUCUUUAAAACCUUGGCAAUGUCCCUCCAGAUCUAUAUUCUCUUUGAAAAAAUACUGCCUGAAAUAUUUCUGCAGCAACAGUUCAGGCACAAAUUUGCUUUUGUCAGUGAUGUCUGCUCAAGUAAUCAUGACAGUUUCAUACUGUUUUCCUUGAAAGGCCUGUAUCUGUCAGAUGCUAAGCCUUACAAAAUAUUGCCUGCUGGAAAAGCGUGUUAUGUGCAGAUUUAUGCAGGGCAGCUCACCAAGUGAAAUUUCUGUGGCAGGGGAUGAAUUCAAGUGGGUCUUGUCCUUAGAUGUUUGAAUAAGAAUUUGAAGCUGUUUUUUGACAAGUAGCUGUUUGGCCUAGUCCUCCUUCCCUCCCCAAAUACUGCAAAAUUAUGAUUUAGGCAUGUGAUACUAAUAAAGCAAAUUAUGCUCUCUAAAUGCAGAAUUAAAUUGGAUGAUCCAGUAGCUGGGAUAUGGAAAUGGGCACCCACAGGUGUGAGUCAUGGCCCUAUCUCUCAGCAGCUGUGAUCCAGAGCAGCAUGCAGGUUGUAGUGUUUAAUCCCAUGGAAGCAGAGGACUAGAGGUAACUCUGAAUGGCUGCAGUGGCGUUCAGCAGUUCAUCUGUGCUAUGGGGUAUCCAUGUAUGCUGUGCCUUGGGUAUUCCUUAGUGCUGGGUAGAUUGUGCAGGGGCUCAUUGUGGUAGCUGUGGCUCCUAUGGGGCACCAUCCUGCUGUCAGCCUGUGCUGAGCUGCAGAGCCAAGGGUCUGUUUGGGAGUGAGCCUUGCAGUGAGCAGAGCUUUGAGCCUGCUGGUGAAUGUGGGCUGUUGUACUGGUGUCCUGUGGAGGGAAGUUGUUCCUGCACACUGCACAUGUGCAUUCAGUUUUCAGGGCAGUGACCCCAGUCUUCACAGCUUGGCCUUGGUGGAGAGAAGGGUUGCAGCAGGAAUCAGCUCUGUCUCGCUGCUUUGGGGCAGUCCUCUCUUUGAUGGCCAUUGGGGAGGGCUUUGUCUGUGUUCAUUCCCUAUGGACAUGCCCCAGUGUGAAAUACUUCCUAGCAAAGGUUUCUGCAGCUCUCUGAGCAAUUUGGAAAGUUAAAUGGUGUUAGUCUGUGUACAGCACAGGAAUGCCAGUCACUGAAAGCACUGUGUGUCACUAGAGUGUUAAACCCUUAGUUCUGUGUCCUGGUUGCACCACUCCCAGGUUUUUCAAGGCCAAGGAGAUCCUUAUGGGCUUUUGGUCAGACUUCAGCAUGAAAAGGUUUGUGGGAUUUCAUGUAAUGAUUUACACAUUCAGCUCAACAAGUUACAGCUGAAACAUAUGCUUCCAAAAGGCAUUCAAGUUUUGUGGAAUAAAUAAAAUCCUGCUCCACUUUGAAGUCGUUGACAAAAGUGCCAUUUGCUUCAGUGGUGCUGGAGUUUCCAACAGAGCUUCCAAACGACCCUGAAAUUACGACUUCUCUCAUUCCUGUCUAAUUAUACUUAAGUAAAAUUUUGCUUUAUUGGGGGCAGUAAGGCAAACAAGAUGUGACUGUUGUUCUUUUUUAAGCUCCCUUAAAAAAAGUGCUUUUUUUGUCUGCACUGGUCACAUUGGUAUUUUCACUGGGCACUAUGAUUGUGUGUGUUCUUCUCUCACUUCUUGAUUUGUUCUUCUGAUUUAUCUUUCCUCAAAUGUACAAGUUCUUAUUUUUCAGGAUACUUGAAGAAUGCAAGUCCCAAAGACAGGGGUGUGCAAUCCAGCAAGAAUAAAGUUUAUGUAGAUGUAAAUGGGCAAGGGAUAUUUCCAGCUAGCUGCAGUGUACAAGGUUUAACUAACAAAAUGAAGCAACACAUUUCUAAAUGGGGACUCUGAUGCUGCAGCUGCAUUAUGUUGUUUGUCUAUGAACUACACGAGACAUACAUUAUUUUAGCACUGUUAUUACUAGUUUAUAAAGCCAUAUUUAAAAUUGUACACUUGAUUGUAACAUAACUUUAAAUUGUGCACUGUGUUGAUCAAUGUACAUAUAUAUGAAGAUCUGUAUAUUUUGUCUUUAUGCUGUAUGUCAUUGGUGUGUAAAUUACAACUAAUGGAUCUAAAAUA